UGGGGGGGGCGGGGCCUGACCGCAGAGCCAAGUGGUUGACUAGCUCAAGAGUUCCUGCAACGAAACAAAUAAAACACCACUUUUCACGAACCAAACGGCGACCAAUCGGGCCACAAAGGCCAGGAAAGGAAAGGGGACACUGAGAGGAGCAUUAUGGUACCCCUUCAGCGACUAAACGACCGGCACCGCUCGGACAAGCAUCUGAGGCCUACUCGACAGGCAGACGGGGGAGAGACGGCCGCUCUCCGCCCGCCACAACUAGAUGCUACUAUGCAAAAGGGCCCGCGUUCCCCCCCCUCUGGACCGGCAGGGGUUAUCCCGGUCCGCCAGUUAACAAGCAACACCCACCUCUGGGACACUCGUCACAGCACCUCCGACCAAACGGCCCCAAGAGGCCAAGUUAAGAUGGCCAACAGCAGGGCCGUGAACCCGCCGCAACAGUCAGCAGAGGAAUGGGCAGCGGCCUUCCAAGCUAAGUUCGAAGCCGUAUGCCGAAAAUUCUGGGAGCGACUGGAGAGGAGGAACUUACCUCCAGCACUGAAACUAGCUGCAAAAGCAGAGCGGCAACCAAUGACCCCUCACAUGCGGCCGAGGCACGGGAACCCAACAACAAUACCGCAGGAACGACCAGCCUGCACCACGCGGAAGGUGCGACAAAGGGGCAACAACCGCCCAAAGCGGACGAGCAGAGUCCAAGCAACGGCGGCACCGCCACCUACGAGAGGCUCACACAGACCCAUCUCGACCCAAAAGUGUUACCAAGGUCUAAAACGAGCACGCCACCAGCAACGACCUAAGGGCCUGCAGCCAUUACUCCACUACUGCACCACUAGCUCGGACGUAUCGGACACGAGGGGCAGAAGCAUACAACUACUCUUCAGACACCCAGCCAACAGCAGAGUAUCACUACAGCCCGGACUGGAGACACCACAGCUGAAACAUGCCUGUAAGCACACAGUCCAGCAGCUGCCACGGACCAACAAGAAGGUGCAAGGGGACACCGCUACACCCCACAACCACAAAGGGUUCCUGCCGCAAACCGGAGUCGGGUGAAAUCUCCCAAAAUAGAGGCACCAGAGGCUGAGCAUACUAACUAUGGAACACAUUUUUCUUUUCUUUUUUUUUUUGCGAGACCGACCGAUGGGUUGAAGAUUUAACUACCUGCUCCAGCGCACUAGUGGCACCGGGUGAAGGCUUGCAGUAGCCUCUCUCCCUGCUGCCACUAUGGUUAGCAGAGCACAACUGUAUGUAUAGUCACCCUACUAGUACCUGAUACCCAGCAGUUCAAUUGUUUUCUAUGCUUUAGCCAGACUUGUCUUUAUACCCCAUGUUAUUUUAUUGUUCCCCUCAACCCAGAUGUAUAUGUAUAUGAGCAAAAGGCUAGCACAGCUUUAGACUAUUAAGCUCACUGAUAGCACUUAGCCGCACAUGCCUUUGAUAAAGGUGCCUAGCCUCAGUACACUAUAGAGCAUUAACCCAAUCUAACCUGCCCUUACAAAGCAUGUAUGUUACAUACAGUGGUCGGUCCGUUGACCUAAUCACCAAGUCUCACUGCCUACAUAGACAUAAGUUUAGCUAGCUCUCUACUAAACUACUCCUCAUACUCCUGCUUGAUAAGCUUGAAAUGCCAUUUAUUCCUCUAUAAUGUUCACCAUGUAAAGAUAGACGUUGAUCUCUGAGGCUUUUCCCUGGACUCCAGACCUGAUUGACCAGCCUGUUAUCUUACAACUUUAAUUACAAAUAUGUGCAGUAAUCGUAUAUGCCAUGUACCAGUUAUACUGUAUGAAUUACAACUCUUGCUACCGCUGUUGUGGCAUGACAAGAGCGUUUGUUCAUUAUUUGCACCACAAAAAUAAAGAAUAUAAAA